AUGGGCUUCACUGCGGCGGCUUCAUGGGCCCAAGCCUACAAGGCAAAGGCGGUCGAAGUGGGACUCCCUCAAGAUAGGCGGCUUAUUGAUGACAAACCACCCCCCAAGCAUUUUCCAAUUUGGGGCUCUAUUCUCGAUGAUGUGUGGGCUUUAGAUGAGUGCACCUCUGCUGAAGAUCCUCCAGGUGUAGCUUCAAAAUGGUUGGAAGACAUAGCUCAAGCUUGGGGUCGGGAUGGGGUUUUGGAGCAUGAGAAGAAAGCUGUCCGUGGGGUCUUAAAAGAGGAAGUCCAAUGGGUCAUGAUUGAUGGCAAAGAUGGCUGGGCUGGAGUUAGUAUGAGCAAGCGGGCCUUGUUGCUGGAGGCUGGUCUUUACCUCCUGCGGCAGCAGCGUCCUCUUGUUGGAGAAGUAGACAGGUUGAAACGUCCGAGUGAGUGCGGGCAGCGGGUCGUGCACUUGGUGGAUUCAGCUGCAGCAGCUGGAGCGUACACGAAAGGCAGAAGUGCCUCUAGGAACCUUGGUUGCAAAGAGGGUUGGCAAAGGUGUCUGAAACUGCCUACAAGCAACAGCUGCCGGAUAUUUACGUCCGCCUUUGCUCUGGAGCUUUUCGAUCAGGUGAUUUUUGUGAUUGUAUCCUUCGACGAGCAAAUCGCCAGGGCAUUAGUUGCUGCCUUUUAA